AUGGGUACCGUGGUAGUGGAAAAUAAAUCUGACGUCGAAGACUCAAAUUCUAUGACGUAUAAUAAAGGUGUUAUCUUAGAACCGAAUGUAGAACAAUCCCCCAAUAAACUGGAAUCUCGUACCAACGGGUCUUCUGAUGAUAAACAAUCAUCCGAAAGUACAAAGGAGUCAUCAGAUGAACUAAUUACUGACGAAUCCACCAAUAAAGAUGCAAAAAAAGAUGACAAAAGACUAGCUAUCAUACCUAAAGUCCAUAGACGUGUUAAAGUGUACCUCCUAAAAGAUGAAGCUUGGAUAGAUCAUGGCACAGGGUUCUGCUCAGGAGAUAUUGAAUCUGAUACCAAUAAACCAUUUUUCGUGGUACGAAAUGAACUAGACCAAGAAGAAAUAAUUCUCAAAGCUUAUCUUGAAGGUCAAACCCAAUAUCAACGACAACAAGAUACUUUGAUUGUAUGGACAGAUCAUGAAGGUAAUGACAUAGCGUUAUCAUUCCAAGAAACAGAAGGAUGUGCUGACCUUUGUGAAUUUAUCAUAGAUGUUCAACGAGAGAAUUAUUCACCUGAAAUAUCAUUAUACUAUGUCAUCCCCAACACCCUGUUGGAUGAUAAUGGUGGAAGUUCCGAUAUUACUCAGUUAGUAGCUGGACCUAUAACAUAUCCUCCCACGCCGCUGAUGACUAAUUUGGAAGAAAUCUUGGAAAUUAUCAACCAAUGCUCAACAUCAGUUUAUACCCGAAAUUGUAUUGUUAACUUUGUGGUUGAAAAAGAUUAUUUCAGUUUGUUACUCAAAAUCUUCGAACAAAGUGAACAUGACCAUAGUUUGAUCAAUUUGUACACCUUAAGUGAAAUAAUCAAGAAUUUGAUUUUAUACAGUGAAUCGAAAAUAAUGGAAGAUUUUUGUUCCAAUGAAGACCGAAUCUUAGGUCUUAUCAGUAUUUUGGAAUACGACGCUGAGUUUCCUAAUCAAAAGUCAUGUCAUCGGGACUUUCUCUUCAAUAAGGCGAAGUUUAAAGUGGUUAUAAGUAUUCCUCCAUUAAAAGAUUCCAAAGCUUUUAACAUUUUCAAGAAAGAUUAUUACCUAACGUUCUUGAAAGAUGUUGUUUUAGCCCGUUUUAUAGAUGACCAAACGUUUAGUUUGUUGAAUUCCUUGAUCCAUAUGAAUCAAAUAGCUAUCAUUGAGUUUCUUAAAGAUUCUCAGAAUAACGACCGAUUCCUAGAGAAACUUUUUGGUUAUUAUAAGGAUGAUAAGAACGUCGAAUUGAAACGGAAUGGUAUAAGAUUAAUUCAUCAAUAUAUCUUAUUGACGAAGAAUCUUCAAAGUUUCCAAAGAACUGACUUCUUAUCCUUAUUGAUAUCUAAUGGAUUAUUCGAUAUGAUCAAAUAUGCUUUGAAUGAUGAUGAGUUCAGCAUAAAGAUUCUCGGAACUGAUCUUAUAGUGAGUAUCAUUGAACAAGAUGUGUCGUUGGUUAAUUCUAUUGAUGGAGAAGGAAUUGAUAAUUUUGAACCUCCAGUAAAUUAUUCUGAUAAGUUUCAAAAAGCCGGUGAUAAGAAGUUCGGCUUGAAGCUCAGUGAUGAUAUGACGUUGAUAACACUUCUAGCACAAGUAUUGUUGAAGGAGAAGAAUGUUGGUUUGAAAAUGCAAGCGUUUCAGGCUUUAAAGAAUCUUCUAGAUAAUAAUAUCGGGAAAAUCGAUGAAAAUGGAACUAUCCCCGACUUUAAUGCCACUAGUCCUGGUAGUGAUAUCAGUACUGAAAGUUAUUUCAAAGCUUUCUAUAACGGUGUAGCACCUAUUCUUUAUAAGAAUAUUAUCGAGAUAGCCAAUUGUGAGACCAUUCCUCCGAAAUUGCUAGAUAAAAUCAGUAGUGAUGAACUUUUAUACCAACAAUUAUGUGAAUUAGUAUCAUUUGGUAUCAUCACUCAUGAGAAGCUUCUAAGUCGACCUUUUUUCUUGAAGAACAACAUCGUUCUUGGACUAGUCAAGUUAUUGGGGAUUAAUUGUAAGAUGACAUUGAAACUAAGCAUUUUAACCUGUUUGUCUAAUCUACUUUCCGUCAAUGAUAAGUUCAUUAUGAGGUAUAUUAUCAAGAAUCAAGUGAUGGACUAUUAUUUUGAGUUCUUUAAGACAGUUAAUAAUGCCAAUAAUUUGGCUAAUUCAACAUGUCUUUCCAUAUUGGAAGUUUUAAACGAUAUCAGGAUCGGAAAGAAUAAAUCGACGUUCAAACUUUUGAUCAAAUAUAUCCAUGACAAUUACAAAGAUUUCUGUUUGAAUGAGAUAGAAGGUGUUGAAACAGGUAAGAAUGUAAUUAGCUUAUAUGAUCAAUUAGAUACUAGUAAUUUGAAGAUCAAUGUAAUGGAUUCCAGAGAUAUUCCGACAGAUGGAGAUAUCAUUGAAGAGGAAGAUAGUGAUAGUGAAGAUGAUGAUGAUGAUGAUGAGUUUUAUGAUGAUUACGGGGAAAUAUAUGAAGAAGAGGUUGACAGUUAUAUGAAUGAGAAGAGAUUGAGAGACGAUGAUGAAGAUGAACAACCAAAGAAGAGAGUUAAUGAUAAUGAUAUAUGA